AUGGCUCCAACAGUUGUUAACGUUGAGAAUAAAAAGGGUGGCAGCGGCUCUGGUGUUAUCAUCGACGAGGGUCGUCAUAUUAUCACCUGUGCUCGUGUUUUGGAGGGUGAUUUGGAGCCUACAAUCAUCACAGCUUCACAAAAACGUGGAACGAAAGCAUCCAUAUCUAAGUAUGAUAGAGAAAGUGAUUUUUGUGUUCUGAAGUAUCAGAAGAAUGAAGAUGUUGAUUAUGCUGAAGUGUAUCUUGGAGAUGAUACAGUUAAAAAUAUUGGACAAGAGGUCUACAUUAUUUCCAUGUCUGCAACUCUCCCUCACGUCUUCACUGCUGGCAAAAUCACUGGUUAUGGUACCUACGGCACCCUUGGGCUCGAUUUCGGGAAUAAAAGUCAGCCGAUGUUUAUGGUUAGUGACAUAUCAGCUGUGCCGGGAUGCUCUGGAGCUCCAGUGUUUGAUGCAAGAGGGAGAGUUCUUGGGAUAGUAACACAUGGACACCUUGGAUAUAAUGUUGUGAGGAAGUUUGUCGGAAAUGAUUUUAUUUAA